AUGGCGCACCCUGGCUCCCAAAUCUCCAAGCGGAGAAAGUUCGUCGCCGACGGCGUCUUCUACGCCGAGCUUAACGAGUUCUUCCAGCGCGAGCUCGCCGAGGAGGGCUACUCAGGCGUCGAGGUCCGCGUCACGCCUACUGUCACCGACAUCAUCAUCCGCGCCACCCACACCCAGGAGGUUCUCGGAGAGCAGGGUCGCCGCAUCCGCGAGCUCACCUCGCUCAUCCAGAAGCGCUUCAAGUUCCCCGAGAACUCUGUCUCCCUCUAUGCCGCAAAGGUCCAGAACCGCGGCCUCUCCGCUGUCGCCCAGUGCGAGUCCCUCCGCUACAAGCUCCUCAACGGUCUCGCCGUCCGCCGCGCCUGCUACGGUGUCCUCCGCUUCAUCAUGGAGAGCGGCGCCAAGGGCUGCGAGGUGGUCGUCUCGGGCAAGCUCCGCGCUGCUCGCGCCAAGAGCAUGAAGUUCACCGACGGCUUCAUGAUCCACUCUGGCCAGCCCGCAAUGGACUUCAUCGACUCGGCCACCCGCCACGUCCUGCUCCGCCAGGGUGUCUUGGGCAUCAAGGUCAAGAUCAUGCGCGGCUCCGAUCCCGAGGGCAAGGCCGGUCCCCAGAAGUCUCUCCCCGACGCCGUCACCAUCAUCGAGCCCAAGGAGGAGCAGGCUGUCGUCCAGCCCGUCAGCCAGGACUACGGCGCUAAGGCCGCCCAGGCCCAAGCCAGCCAGGACGCACGAGUUGCCGAGGAGGAGGGUGGUGAGCCCGAGGCGGAGCCCGAGGCGCCACAAUAA